AUAUUUGAAUAUUCGAGGGUUAUCCAUUACGAAAUUAUCAUUUUUAUUUUUACGAAAGCUGUACACUUGCAAGCAUAAUUAUGGUGGAGGAAAAGGAGGUUGCAGCUGAAACACCUUCCGCUCCAGCCCCGGAAACGGAGGUUCCAAAAGCUGAUUCCGAGAAAACAACCUUGGCUCCACCGCCAGCGGACGAAAAACAUGAAGAACCGAAAGCCCUUGCAGUAGUUGAGAAAGCCCCGGAGCCAGAACCAAAGAAAACUUCAAGUGGAUCACAUAACAGAGAUGUUGCCCUUGCAGAGGUUGAAAAAGAAAAAAAGUUGUCGUUCAUCAGGGCAUGGGAAGAUAGUGAAAAGACCAAAGCAGAGAACAAGGGCCAGAAAAAGCUCUCUGCUAUUGUAGCAUGGGAGAACAGCAAGAAAGCAGCUCUGGAAGCAAAACUAAAAAAAAUUGAGGAACAAUUGGAAAAUAAGAAAGCAGAAAAUGCAGAGAAAAUGAAAAACAAGGCAGCUUCAGUUCACAAGGAAGCAGAGGAAAAGAAGGCAAUGGUUGAAGCCAAACGUGGAGAAGAGCUUCUCAAGGCAGAAGAAAUGGCAGCAAAGUACCGCGCAACUGGACAAACUCCGAAAAAGGCCAUCGGCUGUUUCUGAAAGUUACGAAAUUUCUGGUCUGGUUUCAAAGCAAACUCUACCGAUACUGUUUUCAUUGCAACACUUUUUCUUGUUUGUAACACCCCAUUUUCAACUGUGUUAUCUGUAUGUCUGUUUCUUUGGUGUUUCAUGUCUGAACAGAAUGGAAGAACAGCAAAUUUAUCUGUUAUUGAAUUGAAUGUGUUGAUAUAGGAAUA